AUGAGCAGGGCAGAAAAGGUGUGUCUUUCUUUGUUAAGCUACUGCAAAACACUUGGAAACCUCAACCAAAUCCACGCCUUCGUUUACAAAUCCGGCCUUGAGACCAACCCACUAAUCGCCGGAAAACUCCUAAUACUUGGUGCCCUGCAAAUUUCUGAUGCUAUUGAUUACGCUCGCCGUCUGCUCAUACACUAUCCAAACUCAGAUGUGUUCAUGUACAACACCCUCAUCCGAGGUGAAUCCGAGUCAGACUCACCCAAGAAUUCAGUCAGCACAUUCAUUUACAUGCUGCGACAAUCAUAUUCUCCUCCUGAUAGUUUCUCCUUUGCUUUUGUACUCAAAGCAGCGGCUAAUUUACGGUGUUUAACAACUGGGUUUCAGCUGCAUUGUCAAGCUAUGACUCGUGGGCUUGACACCCAUCUCUUUGUUGGGACUACAAUUAUUAGUAUGUAUGCGGAAUGUGGGUUUGUUGAGUUUGCUUGGAAGGUGUUUGUUCAAAUACCUCAACCAAAUGUUGUGGCGUGGAAUGCAAUACUUACAGCGUAUCUUCGAGGGAGUGAUGUAAGUGGUGCAGAUAAAGUGUUUGGUUUAAUGCCGUUUAGGAAUUUGACUACUUGGAAUGUGAUGCUGGCAGGGUAUACUAAAGCAGGGGAGCUUGAACGUGCAGAGGGGUUGUUCUUGCAGAUGCCAAGUAGAGAUGAUAUUUCUUGGAGUACUAUCUUAAAUGGCACUAAAACAAGAUCGAGUUUACGCAUGUGGGCGUUAAAAAUAGAUAGGCGGGCUGACCCCUCCAAACAGGCUCCACUUGAUAAUGUCCGAAGGUCUACUGCUAAGGCAGAAGAGCGCUUGGAGAGUAAAAUUGUCCAGCACACAGAGCGGAAGAUCGCUGAGGUUCAUCCGCGCUUGGACUCUUUUGAGUUGCGGGUGCUAGCCCAGCCAGCCCCUUAG